AUGUCUUUCCUUCAUAAUCAUUCUUGCGAGUGCGUUAAGUCAGAAUUGGAUUUGUUUGCACUACCGUCUACACAAACUAGCAUUGAAAAUGGAUUGUGGAUUCAUUAUAAACCAAUUUCAUCUCUUGGUGAUGAUGGACCUAUCGAGUUUCAAGUUCCUGGGACCGGCGAUGACUACAUAGAUUUGUCUCAUACAUUACUCCACAUAAAGGCAAAAGUAUUAAAUCAAGAUUCAACUAACUUGGUAUCUACUACAAUAGUAGCACCUGUAAAUAAUUGGCUGCAUUCACUUUUUAGUCAACUUGAUGUUUAUUUAAACCAAAAACUUGUAUCACCACCUAAUAAUACCUAUGCAUAUCGAGCAUACAUGGAAACCCUUUUAAACUAUGCCCCUGCUGCUAAACAAUCUCAUCUUACUUGUAGUCUUUGGUAUGAGGAUACAGCAGGAAAAAUGGAUUCUACAGAUGGUAAAAACAUAGGAUUUGUUAAAAGACAGGAAUUGAUUAGUGAAAGUAAGGAAAUAGAAAUGAUUGGUCAUCUUCACGGUGACAUUUUUAACCAAGAUAAAUUUUUAAUUAAUGGUGUUGAAAUGAGUGUUAAAUUGGUUCGAUCAAGAGAGAGUUUUAAUUUAAUUGUUGGGUCGAACGAUGUAAAGUUUAAAGUUUGCAUUACGGACGCAACUCUUAUUGUGCGACGAGCACGAAUUAAUCCAAGUGUAUUACUCGCACAUCAAAAAGUUUUAGCUUCUACCACUGCUAAAUAUCCUAUUACUCGAGCUGAAGUAAAAGUUUUAACAAUUCCUUCAGGUGUUCAAGGAAAAACUCUUGAUAAUAUAUUUUUAGGACAGGUACCGAAAAGAUGUAUAAUUGGAUUUGUGAAAAAUUCUGCAUUUAAUGGUUCCCUUACUAAAAAUCCAUUUAACUUUGAAAACUAUGGUAUUAAUUCUUUCAGCUUAUAUAUUGAUGGUCAACAAAUACCUUCAAAAGCUUUGCAACCAUCUUUUAAUAAUAGCAUAUUUACAUCAGCAUAUCAUACUCUAUUCUCGGGAACUGGUAUUCACUUUCUUAAUGAAGGAAAUGGAAUCUCUUGUGAACAGUAUGGCAAAGGUUACUGUCUAUUAGCAUUUGACUUAACUCCUGAUUUAUCAGCUAACUCAUCAACUCAUUGGAAUCUCAUAAAGCAUGGUAGUGUAAGAAUAGAAGUACGAUUUGAAUCCUCAUUAAUACAAACAAUUAACUGUAUAGUUUAUGCUGAGUUUGAUAAUAUUAUUGAGAUAGAUAAAAACAGAAAUGUUACUGUAGACUAUAGUAGUUAA